AUGACGGUGACGGUGCGCCACGUGCUGUUUGUGCUUUCCCUCGCGCUGUGCUGCGCCUGCGGGUGCGUGGCGGCGGUGCAGCAGAGGCCACCUGAGGUAUCGAGGGUGACUUCUCCUGCGGAGAUGCCUAAAGGGACGACACUGGAUCAGAUAAAGCAGAAAACAAAAGAGACGAAGGGUGCGAUAGACAAGGCUGUUGAGAGGGCAACUAAGUACUUGACAAGAGCGGAGGAAUUGAUCAAACAAACAAAUGCAGCCUUGAAAAAGAAUGCCGUUGCAAGCCACGGCGAGGUUGUGGGCACGGGGAGGGCGGCCGACGCGAUGCCGGACGUGCAGCAGCCGAUGAAUGCAAUAAAACGGCAUGUAGAUUCAAUGCAGAAGGAUCAGAAAGAAGCACUUACAUCAUAUAAUUCGGUUUUGAGCACGGCGCAGACGGAUACAAAAAGUCUUCAAGACGCUUAUAAACACUUCAGAAAUCUACAGGGUUUCUUGGCCAACGCUGACUUGAGAGCUGAGAGCGCAAGACAGAACGUAACGUUGGUUGUACAGGCGAUGAAAAAGGCCCUCCACAAACUACAGACUUCAGAGGCAUCCGUCAAACUGCUAGAGGAAGUGGAAUCGUUAAGCAAGACACUCGAACCGAUUUCACAAGCCACUGGUGGUGGAGAGGUGGCACCAGGCCAACCAGCCAGACCGAAUGAGGACGCUCAAAAUCCUGGGAACGUGAAAGGCUCGAUGGAUAAAGGCGCCGCAGCAGGCAGAGACGUCCAGCACACCACCGCGGGCGCUGGGGUCAGCCAUGCUGGGAGCAGCGAUUCUCCAGCCACGCCGGGUGCGGCAGCGCAUGGCAGCAGGAUUGACAGCGCAAAAGGAAACCCUGACACGAAUAUUAAACAUAUGGGACAGGAACAGCAGCAGCGAACCGAGAAUGAUUCAGCCGCNGAUGCCGAAACACCGGACUCCACUGGAAGCCACUCGGUUGUCGGUAGCAGCGAGAAGAGUGAGGUCGACAGUCAUGUCCCCAGUAACGUGGCCGAGGGCGACACCGUCAAACAUUUGUCUGAAAGCAAAGCGGGCAACCACUUGAUUGACAGCAACACCAUCAGUG